AGGACAAAAUCAAGGAUGCGCACCCGCGCCCGUGACUAUACCUUUGUCGCAGGAAAAGCAGUGUUAUUUUACCUCAGAUUACAGCAAUCACAACCCUAAGUCAAGCCAAGACUUCAGGCGAUGCCGCACCCAGCCAGUAUUAACGUUCCAGCGGCGGUUCACUAUCCCUGGUGUGGCAAUGCGACUCGUACAUACUUAAACAGUCGGGGCUCCUGCAUUCCUCAGUAUUGCUCCUUAUUCCUAGGCAACCCAAACUCUUAGGACCGCAUUAUGGACCUCGAGACUACUACCAAUGCCACUUGCCAGAUAUCACCUCAUGCCCAUGUAGUCCGCGCUGUUCUGUCAGCAUUUGUCGGAUCUGCGAUAGGCGGCCUGACUGGCGGCUAUGGCGUUGUCAUCUAUUCUGCCUACUUGACCUGGUCCUUGGGGCUAUACGUCAUCGCUAGAGGAUUUGUGUUUCUUCUGCAUUGCUGCGAUGAAGAUUGGGAUGACGAUGAUGAUGACGAUGAAGACGAAGUCGGUGAAUUGGGCUGGAUUGGUUGGAUUGGUUGGAUUUAUUCAGCCAUCUAUUCCCCGAUAUCACAGAUAUUAUGGCUCGCAGACAACUUCCACAGUGCGUCGCCAGAGCUGAAGGUGGUUCAGGCUUUCGCCAUCGGCACCAGUACGUUGGCAAUUACGGCCAAUCCUAAAAUCCGGAGUAGUGAGAACAGAUGGAGAAACUUCAUUGGAGUGGCUUUCAAUACCAUCACGGGCAUCAGCCUCCUCAUUCUCGGUGUCUUACCCUGGGUUCUUUACGGGUCCGCUUACGUAGAGGCUACUGGUCACAACCGUGUUGUCACCAUUUUGUUGUCCCUCUUGGAGAUACCGAUCACUAGUAUCAUGGAGGCUGUGCUUCUACUCUUCAUAUGGUUGGGACCAGAUCUACAUGAUCUCCCGACGAGCCUCAAGUUCAUCCUAAACAUUUUGGCAAUAGGAUGUUUUGCGGCGAUCAUCGCCGCCCCAGCAUUCAUUAUUAUGUGGAAAGCACCUACGUCGCCGGGGUUAGGGCUAAAAGAUUAUCUUCAAUGCGAGGGGCUGGCGCUGUGGCGGAAGAUUGUCGCAAUCAUUCCGUGAAGUGGUGUGCAAAUGCAAGGACAGGCGUUGUAAAAAUCCUAUUUAUCAUCCUACGUCAGCCAUCUCAGCAUGCGAUGUACGCACGAAGACAGUUGCUUAUUUUAUAUUUAAAUUUAUA